AUGAGUGGCAUUGAUAAAACAGACCAAAUGAUGAAGUAUUAUAGUAGUCCAAGAAAACAAUCAAGAUGGUACAAGAAAGUAUUAUUUCACCUAUUAGAUAUAACUGUUUGGAAUACAUUUUUCAUUUAUAAAAUACGAUUUGAUUGCAGUUCUAUGCGUUUUAAAGAUUUUCGUGAUAUAUUGGUAAAAAAUAUGUUGAAAAUUCCACUAGACAAAACUGCCUUACAAUUUUUCAAAAAUGUCACAGCAAAAGAACCAAAAAAAAGAUUAUCGGGGCACUUCCAUGAAAAAAUUCGACCUCCACCUAACUAUAAAAGGGAAGUUUAUUACGAGAAUUGUAAAGUGUGUACAAAAAAAAAAAUAAGAAAACAAACACAAUAUCAAUGCAGAGAAUGUGAUGUUCCACUUUGUGUUGGAAUAUGUUUCGAAGACUUUCGUAAAAAUAUAUGA